UCCGUUUCGCGGAAACUGCAGGCUCCACUCCGACCGAAGGACACGACUCCGGUAGCCAGGUAGCGGCGGCCGACAGGAGACGACGCGGCGGAGGAGAAGAUGGGCGGGCUGGAGCAGGACCAGAGCCUGAGCCUGGGCGUCCUCAUCGACAUCGUCGACGAGCAGUGGAUGCGCGACACUCUCCCCGCCGACGAUAUCCCCGUGCCACCGGCGAUGGCCGUCAAGACUGAGGACACCGAGGAUCCAGCACCCGCAACCGCAAGAAUUAUCUUAUACCCAACAGAUCAGGAGAGCCAGCCAGCACAAGGGGAUGUAUGGAGGGAUUUUGCAUUGGAGAAUAUCUAACUGAUUAUGAUCUACAAGUGCUUCAAGGGGAUCAAGAUGCUGCUCGAAUUCUAGGAGCUGCACGGUGUACUCUGUCCUCUGCACUCUGUAAUGUUUCUUAGAUCCAGCGGAUGAACUAGUGUAGUGUCUCUGGUUGAACUGUACUGUGUGUCAUGGCAAUAUGUAAAUGCUCCAGAUAUCGGUAGCAUGAUGGUAAUAGGCAUCGUCAGAAACUAGAUUAUGUAGCCUGUUCUUAAUUCUGGAGGCGACAAUUUGAGCCAUUUGGCUAUGGACGGAUGUCCUGGUAUAGAACAUUUGUUUGCUAUUA